UCUUGAUCCUGAAGUGGACUGGGUGCCGCUGUUGCUGCUGCUGGUGUUGAAUCCAGAACCGUAGCCGGACAUGGGACUGGAGGACGAGCGAAAGAUGCUGACUGGAUCCGGAGAUCCCAAAGAGGAAGAAGAGGAAGAGGAGGAAUUAGUGAUAGGACUGAGGCUUUCAAUGCAUACUGACAACCUUGGAAGGCAGGAGUGUGAAACUUUUCCCUACUACUUAGCAUCAGAAUUGAAUGGGAGACCCUAUUUUGCCAUUUCUGGCAGCAGUGUGGCUCUGCUUGCUGGCCUUCUGCACGGAUCCCCUAACAACAGUGAGAGAGCAUUGCGAGCAGCUGGAGAAAUGUGUAAAGGCCCGGGAGCGCCUAGAGCUCUGUGAUGAGCGUGUAUCCUCCCGAUCACAGACAGAAGAGGAUUGCACAGAGGAGCUCUUUGACUUCUUGCAUGCGAGGGACCACUGUGUGGCCCACAAACUCUUUAAUAGCUUGAAAUAAAUGUGCAGACUCAUUCACUGCAGACUUCAUCAGUGAGCAUCAAGAUAUUUUCUUGUGGUUUUGAACAUGGCGUUUGUUUUAAGUUCACGUGAACCUCAUGGAUUUUGACUUUAGGCAAAUAGCUUCUGUAUGAUUCCGUUUUAAUAAAAUCUGUGAUCUGCA